AUGAGCUGCUGGGCUCAGGAUUAUGAAAAUCUGGAAUCCAGGUUCAAGAAUGCCCCCUAUUUUCGCUGUGAGAAGAGCAACGAGUCGGUCCCGGUGUGCCAGAAGUGUGAGACGUGCGUCCUGGCCUGGAAGAUCUUCUCCACGAAGGAGUGGUUCCAGAGGAUCAGUGAAAUGUCGCAGAGGAGGUUUCUGGUGAGCAUGCUGCAACAGUUAAACAACUUGCACCUGCUGCACUACUUCCAGACGCUCCUCCAGGGCAUGCAGGGCAAGGACUUCAUCUACCACCGGGCGCGGGUCUCCCGCGGCAGCCGCAAGGAGGCCAAGGUGGUGAGGUGGUCCCUGAACCAGAUGCUGGAUAGGAGCGUGGAGCACAAGAUGAAGGAAAUCUUGUACUGGUUUGGAAGCAGCACGAACCGCACCAAGGCCAAUUUCCUGCUCUUGCUGCUGCAGGUGUGUGACUACCCAUUACUGCUUACCGCGGCUGACGUGAUCCAAGUCCUGUUUGUGAGAGAGUGGAACAGGGUGUCAGGGUCCAGUCAAGACUCUGCUAGUGUGUCUUUCGCACCUGAGCAAGACAGUUCCAAGUCUGCCACCUCGCGUAUCCUGUGGGCAGCUGCACCCAGGCCUGUUUCCUUCCCUCUGUCUAAAGCCUCCGGAAGUCAGCACAUCCAGGUGGAAGGUGCGGAGGGACCAUGGAAGAGUUCGCUCCAGUGUAUCUCUGAGAUGAACAGGCUGUUCACUGGGAGAGCCAAAGCAGCCAAGCCAGGGUUCGACCCCUGCCACCUGCUCCUGAGCCUGGAGGAGGUCGGAGACCUGUCUUCCGGGUGCAGCAAAUACCGAGACUUCAUCCGUUACUUGCCCAUCCACCUCUCCAAGCACAUUCUAAGAAUGCUGGAUAAAAAUACUCUCAACAAGUGUGCCUCUGUGAGCCAGCACUGGGCCGCCAUGGCUCAGCAGGUCAGGAUGGACUUGGUCACGCACACCUUCAUUCAGAACCAGAUUACCCUGUUGCAGGGGUCCUUCAUGCGAGGAGUUGAUCCUAAUUACGCCAACAAACUGUCUAUCCCAGUUCCCAAAAUGGUAGAAGAUGGGAAGCGAACACGUGUCAAAAAUCCCAAGUUGAAACUGAGAACGAAGAAUGACUACAACCUGUGGACUGCGUACCAGAACCAAGAAACCCAACAGAUCCAGAUGGAGGAGAGGAAUGUGUUUUGUGGGAGCUACAAUAUCCGCAUUCUCUUUGACACGUGGGAUCAAAACAGAGUCAUCCACUACUCUGGUGGGAACUUAGUUGCUGUGUCCUCUAAUCGGAAGGUCCAUCUUCUGGAUCUUGUGCAAGUGAAAGUGUUGCCCACCGAGUUCCGAGGCCAUGCUGGGAGCAUUCGAUCUCUUUUCUUGUGUGAGGAGGAAAACUUUCUCCUGAGUGGCAGUUACGACCUCAGUAUCAGAUACUGGGAUCUGAAAAGUGGGGCUUGCCUGCGUAUCUUCAAUGGCCACCAGGGAACGGUCACUUGCAUGGAUUUGUUUAAGAGCAAGCUCGUGUCUGGAGCCAAAGAUGGCCAGGUGAAAGAAUGGGACAUAGACACGGGAAAGUGUCUGAAGACAUAUAAACACAAAGACCCCAUCUUGGCCAUCAGGAUCAAUGACACCUACAUCGUGAGCAGUUGUGAGCGGGGACUAAUCAAAGUGUGGCACAUGGCCACAGCCCAGCUGGUAAAGACUCUCAUGGGCCACGAGGGAGCUGUGAAGUGCCUGUUCUUUGACCAGUGGCAUAUCGUCUCGGGAGGCAGCGACAGCCUGGUCAUGGCCUGGAGCAUGGUGGGGAAAUACGAGCGCUGCCUCAUGGCCUUCAAGCAUCCAAAGGAGGUGCUCCACGUGGCCCUUCUCUACCUCCGGGUCAUCAGCGCCUGCGCAGACGGCAAGAUCCGCAUUUACAACUUCCUCAACGGGAACUGUCUGAAGGUGAUCAAGGCCAAUGGCAGAGGCGAUCCUGUGCUGUCCUUCUUUUUUCAGGGCAACAGGAUGCUGAUCAACACGGAGAGCAAUAUUGUCAUGUUCCAGUUUGAGCCUGUCAAGUGGCAGUACUCCGCAGACAGAGGCAGAUCCAAGAAGAACAAAGACAGAGAGGAGGAGAAGGAGGACAACGGCUUCACGGAGGCGCUCUCCAAGACGAGCGUUCAGGCAUACAGCCCGAGAGAUUCGCCAUCCAGCAAACAGACGGUGGCCCCCGAGAGUUUGCUGGGGAAACCCCCCAAGUCCCGUGUCCUUGGCAAGGCCGCCAAGUUAACAUCAGAAGCAGAUUUUGUGCAGAAAGUACAAGAGCAAAAACAAGUGAAAACUGUCAAGUUCACCCCUCGCAUGAAGGACAAACUCUUGAAGAUCCCCAUGUCCCCGGAUCGGUUCCUGCUGACCAUCAACGCGCUGCAGCAAGCACACAACUCGGGACAAUUUGCUUAUCCCCACAGGCCACAAACCCAGGUCCUGGAUGCCUGGGGCCCUCCCAUUUCCCACCCGCGGAAGAUCCUGAGCUUCAAAGGAAAAUCACUCCAGCAGGCGGUUGACCGCUUGCGAGCCAGCAACCCCACCCUGGAUGUGAAAGAAACCAACAUUCCCCUGGAGUUCCAGAAACUGCAACCCAACUUGAAGAGGUCCCUGCACAGCCCGGGGGUGCAGUCCACCAUCCCCCAGCCCGUGCUAAUCCGCUCCAAGCCCCCUGAUGGCUUCAAGCGGGAAGGUGGAGCCACCAGUUCCACCCCGGGCCGGGUGAGCAGCCUGGGUCCCCUGGGCAGCAGGCAGGUUUUCAAGCCCAGCAGUGUGACCACACCUCGAGUGGGCACAGCGGCCCAGUGCCUCAAAAAAGAGCGGCCCCGUGUGUGCACGGCGCUGGACCCGCUGAGGCUGAACACUGACUACCUGCUGCUGACCGUGAAGGAGGAGGGCGAGUACAGGGAAGCCAAGAUGAAAGAGUACCAGGCUUGCGGGGCCAGAGGCGUGGUCGACAUGGGGAAAGCCAGCCGAGCUGCAUGGAUCAGGAAGCUCAAAGGGCUGGCCAUCGACCAGUUCAUGAAGGAAGGGAAAGUAGCAGCCCCAGAACUUGGACACAACGUGUUUAUCUAA